CAAAGGCAGGGUAGGAGUGGAGGCGUGCGUCUAUGCUUCUUAUCCCUAUAGCUCAUCUUAUUACCAACUAUACAGGCCUUGGCCUCACUUCAUCUAAAUUCUGGGUCCUUUAGCGAAGCUUAGGGCUAGCAGCCGUCAAUCAAAUUAGUAUUCUCUCUGCUUCCCUGUUGAUUUAGUGCCAGUGAACAUAUACCUUAGGUGUAUUUUUUUUUCCAGCCAACUGAUUCUGCUCUUUUUCUCUCUGUCCGAGGUACUGAUGAUGUCGUACAAGACUGACAGCUGCAUACCAUAGGACGCUGAACUGACCAUGGGAUGUCACGUUUGAAGCUGAUGCAGCACACUGCAGUCUGCUUUUGACCUGAUGGGGAUAAAGUUGUAGGUUGAGAGAUGACAUGGAAUUGCUUACAGUGUCAUGAAGAACCGCUGGAAUGACUUUGUCAUCUGUGGCUUACAGAGAUUCAGUCAGAGAGAAAGAUUCUUCUUUCCCAGUCACAGGUUUGUAACUGAGCAUUAAGGCCUGCAUUCUGAACAUAGUCUUGAUGUUGUCAGACAUGCCACAGCUGUUGGUGAAUAAAGAAGAAAUGCUUCCUGAACAGCAGGAGUUGAAUCUGACUGUUGACCAGAAGGACAUUAAAGAGGAACCAGAACACUGGAUAAGUCAGAACGGACAGCAGCUUCACUGGUUGGAGGAGGCUGGUGUCACUAAGUUACCAUUCACUGUUGUCUCUGUGAAGACUGAAGAAGAUGAACCCCAGGCAUCAGUGGUUCAUCAAACAAAAACUGAGGAAAGCACAGAGGCAGAACCUCAAACGAGCAGCUCAGCUUCCCACAGAACAGCGAUAUCACAAGUGGAUGGCGAGGACUAUGGAGAACCAGAACCAGCCAGAAACGUACAUCGAUAUAGUUUACAACCAGAUGCUAAUGGCAGGAGUUCAGACAGUUCUGAAACUGACACUGAUGAUAGUUUUGAAUGGAAGCAGACCAGGGCAUGUAGUUCACGCUUAAACUGUAUAAUCACCAAUCACGCCUCUGUUACAGACAGCGGCUAUAACAUCGCUGAGAAACAGCUUAAUUGCUCUCAGUGUGGAAAAACAUUGAGUCAUAUUGACUAUUCAGAAAAAGGCCAGACAUUUCAAGGAAGUGAGAAAAUCUUUAGCUGUUCGGAAUGCAAUGAAACGUGGAGACAAAUGGGCAGUGCGAACACACACACAAAAACUCAUACAGGAAGGAAAUCAUUUAGUUGUUCUGUGUGUGGUAAAAGAUUUGGACUGAAGAACAGUCUGAACGUACACACAAGAAUUCAUACAGGGGAAAAACCAUUUAGCUGUUCUAAGUGUGAAAAAAGAUUUGGAACGAAGGGCAAUUUGAACACACACAUGUUAAUUCAUAUAGGAGAUAAACCAUUUGGUUGUUCUGAGUGUGGUGAAAAAUUUGGAAGAAAAGGCAGUUUGACUGCACACUUUAGAAUUCAUACAGGAGAGAAACCAUUUGGCUGUCCUGAGUGUGGGAAACGAUUUGGGCAAAAAGGCAGUCUGGAUACACACAUGAGAAUUCAUAUAGGAGAGAAACCAUUUUGCUGUUCUCAGUGUAACGAAAGAUUUGGUAGAAAAAGCUAUCUGAACUCCCAUAUGAGAAUUCACACAAGAGAGAAACCAUUUGCCUGUCCUGAGUGUGGUAAAGGAUUUAGACAAAAGAGCAGUCUGAAUGUACACAGAAUAAUUCAUAGUGGCAAGAAACCAUUUGGCUGUUCAGAGUGUGAUAAAAGGUUUGGACAAAAAAGUAGUCUGAAUACACACAUGAGAACUCAUAAAGGAGAGAAACCAUUUGAGUGUUCUGUGUGUGGUAAAAGAUUUGUAGCAAGAAGUGAUCUCAACAAACAUAUAAGAAUUCAUACAGGCGAAAAACCAUUUGGUUGUUCGGAGUGUGGUAAAAGAUUUGGACAAAAAAUUGAUCUGAACAGACACAUGAGAACUCAUACGGGAGAGAAAAAAGAACCUGAAGUAAUACCUCAAGGCAACCCCUGGUCACCCAAGUGCUCAUGAGGUGCAGAUAUAUGCAAUUAAGGGAACGGUCACCAUCUUGAAGAGAGCCCUCGGAUACAAUGCCAGUAAUGUUUAGGAUGCACCUAUAGACCCCAGGUCUGGGGCCCAUUGCACUCUGUAAAAGUAAAAAAAAAAAAAAAUAUCCAACAAAUAAAAUAAGAGAAACACUUUUGUUAGACUGAUCUAUUCACUCUGACUGCUCAUGACCUUUUGGAGGUAGCUGAAAGAGGUGUAACCCUACAUGUACAUUUAAUAGACAUUUUAAUAUAAUUUUGUCACCAGAAAUAAAUGUAAGUGGUUCUAAAAUGUAUAAAUAUGUUAAUAACUACAUAGAAUUAUGGUUCAGAAAGCACCGUGGUAGUUUAGAGUUUUGUGAUUGUGCCUUAUUACAAAGCCAUACCACAGUGUGUACAGUAUUGUCGUUUUUGGCAGCAUGACACUAGAGAGCAUCCAUAGUGAAAGCUGGGCUGAGACAAAAUGUCAGCAUCACAGCUGACAUUUCCUGCAGUCUUGACAGAACAAGAAGCUAAAUGAGAUUCACAUUCCUCUGCAAGUGCAAGAUUAAACAAACUUAUUCAGGGUCGUUCCUUCUGAAAUCACCUAGUUUUUGAAAAAAUUCCCAGGUCAACCCGCAGCAAAAUUGGAAAUUUUUGUGAAUUUUUCACAUAUCAUGAAAAUGGUGUUUUCUACCACCUUUGCACAUUAAUAAUGAGCUGGGUAGAACAUUGGCAUCUGGGGUGAGGAACUUUGGCAUAUUAUGACAUUUUUUCAUGAUUUUUUUUUUUAAACAACUAUAAAUUUUUUUAAAAACACUGGUGUAAUCAUUUAAAUGUGUAAAUAUGUUCCAUUAUAUCACAAACCAUCAUACAAAAGUUCCAUAGCCAUAGCUAGUAUAUUUCUUUGAUUUUGAACUAAUCAAAGAUACGAAUGACAUGUAAACUUUUGGGGUUUUCUACCAUUUUGAGGCCUUUGUGGAAGGCAGAUCACAAUAGAUACACCAAAACUUCCAACAUUUCCAAACUACACCAAACGUUAGCCUAACAUGAGCAGUUUCAAAGCUGUGAGGCAUAUGGGGAGCUCAUUAUUGACAUGCAAACCUGGUAGAAAACACCAUUUUCACGAUAUGUGAAAAAUUCACAAAAAUUUCCAAAGGAUGUAACUUCAAAAGUUUGCAAGAUACAGACCAAAUAUUUGUCAUUUCACCAUAACUUUGUAAUAGGAAUAACAUCAAACUGACAGAACAGAACUGAGGGGUGACCUGGGAGCCUCUGGGUGACUUGAGAUGGAAUGACCCCUUCAGUCAAUGAACACUUUUGAACACACUUAAAAAUAAGACAUUUCUCAAAAGUUCACUCUUAAAGAUUUUUUACAGUGUGCACAAAUCCAACUGGAUGCAGAAAGGAAGUGAUUCCACAACUCUAAAACUAAGGCCCCUUUGGAAGGUCCAAAAAAAAUAAAAUCCCAAAAUGCACAAAUUGAAAUAAAUGAUUUGUAACACUUCUGACUCUGAUGCUCCUCUGAACACAAAGAGGAAAUGUGUCAGAGAGUACAUACCACCAUCAAGGCUGGGUAAUGUUUUAUUUUUAGCAUUAAUGUGUGUUUGAAGCACUGCUUCUUGCAAUGGUAUCAUUAAGGCCACCUGCAUGUCCGUGUGUAUUUCAUUAUGGCAGCUCUGCUGGAAACCUCAACUUGUUGAUUGUGUGUUAUACAGCAUGUAUGAUUGACAGGCUUCGUAAAGUUCACUGUAACAGGUUUUCAGAAGCUGAAAAUGUCUCUGUAAAAAGAAGUCCAAAAAAAACCCCUCAAGAAUCAUAAAAUU